GCAUUUUGUCGGUUGAAGCGCAGAUUGCGCGCAGCAGCAUCCCCCCCUCCCUCCUUGACAGCAACGACCAUCUGCCGCCUCUUUUUCAAUUUCAAACAGCAAAUUAUUUCCCUGAUACUUCCAGCUCCCCUUGACACAAGAGAAACAGCGCCUUGGAGAGCAGCUGCGCCAAAAAAGGAGCAGAGGUCCCCGCGCUCUCCUCACCAAACACUGCGCUGCACCGCUCUGCAUGCUCAGACACAGACUGCAGGCUCAUGAAGACGAAGCGGAUUUGAAUUAAGCACCGGAUAACAUACAGCAAGUGUGCAUCCUUCGGCGAGGGAGGGAGAGAGGGGAGGCAACUGUUUAGUGUCUUGGAAGCCCUGGGUUAGUCGGGGGGAGGAGGAGCGGAGAAUGAGCUAUUCUUGUACCAGAAGAGGCAACAGCCAGGACCCGGCAACAGCUAAGAAGCCUGUCGGUAAAAAUCCGGACAGAGACACCAGAGGCACAGCAAACAGCAGUAACGGCAGCCCGAAGCAAGCGAUGAGGGUUAAGAAAGGCUGCAACUCCACCGAGGUGGGGGUCCCGCUGACCAUCGAGGAGGACCUGCACGGCAGCCCGGUGAUCACCCCGGAGGAUGUUCUGGGCUUGCAGAAGAUCACAGAGAAUUAUCUGUGUGGCCCAGACGAAAAUGUGUUCAGCAUCGACUUUACCAGGUUCAAGAUCAGAGACAUGGAGACCUCCACCGUGCUGUUUGAAAUCACCAAACCUCCAUCUGCAGACAAAGCAGGGGAUAAGAGGAAUAUGGACCCAAACGCCGGCCGAUUUGUCCGCUACCAGUUCACCCCCGCUUUUCUCCGACUGCGGCAAGUUGGAGCCACUGUUGAGUUCAUGGUCGGAGACACGCCAAUAGAAAACUUCAGGAUGAUCGAGAGACAUUAUUUCAGAGACAAAUUGCUCAAGAGUUUUGACUUUGAAUUUGGCUUCUGCAUGCCGAGCAGCAAGAACUCCUGCGAACACAUCUACGAAUUCCCCCCUUUGUCUGAGGACACGAUCAGAGAGAUGGUCCUUCACCCGUACGAGACGCAGUCGGACAGCUUCUACUUUGUGGACAAUAAGCUGGUGAUGCACAAUAAGGCGGAUUACUCGUACAACGGCGGGACGUAGAGACGACACGCUGACACGAGAGACCCGCACUGACCUGAGGGACGAUCAGAGCCCACUGGUGGGGUUAUAACAUCCUGUCAGUCCACUAGUCCUGUCUCCUUUUAGUUAUCUCUUUCUCCCGCGGUGAGAAAACCAUCCAGAAAAUGCUCAUACAGUUGUGCUCGGUACAUGUGUGUGUGUGUGUAAGCACAUGUACAUUUGGUCAAGCCUAAAAAAAAGGCCACACACACAGAGUUCACAGCUUGGUGUGGCAUCGCUGUGACAAGAUGUUUUUGUAACAUGAUAAACCAGAAAGUAAACAACUUUUCUCUAGACAAAUAAUGUAAAGUAAAAUAUUUAUAGAAAUUAUUUUUUACAUGUGUGUAUGUUUAAGGACUAGGAACAUAUAUUGCUUCUGAUAAGGUGUGUAUUUAAGACUUUAGUAACAGUUUGGGGGAUCUUUUGGUCAUGUGUGUUUUCGUGCUUUUGUAUGUCUGUCAGUUUGAAGCAUGAUUACUGGUCUGGUGAAACUUUAUUAUAAAUGUUAAUCAUGUGGUCAUCUGGUUUGCAAAGGUUAAAUAGAUUUAUAAAACCUGCAUCUUCCACACAUGUAUCAGUAGUAAGUGCAUCAGACCUGUUUCUGUUUCCUUCUCACUUUGUCCUUUAGUGAUUAUGCGUGACAUGUUAGCCGUACGACGUAUAUAUUUAUUGUCUUUGCUCAUAGCAUAUUUUUUUGCACACCUUUUUAAAUGAACCAAAAAAUUGGAAACUUAUUUAGAUGAGUUGACUGGAUAUGUCAUAUGUUGAAUGUUAUGUCAAAAAAAUGUAACACGUGUAGAGCUGACUUAUUUAUGACUGAUUGUGACUCAUGCAAUUAUUUUGGACGGAUGUAAAGUUUUCGACGACUCAAUUGUCAAUAUGAAUGAGGAAAAGUGAAAUAAAUAAAAACAUAUGAGAUUUUUUUUUGGAAAUAUCACGGUGUCUUGAUGUUAUUGUGAUAAUGGUGUGAAGUGAAUAAGAUAGAAUUCACAUGAGGAUGCUUUUAAUUUACAGAAUUCAAACGGUUCUGGUAAA